AAUUUGGAAUCACUACAGGGUCUUUUCAAGAAAAUGACCGAUACCGUCUCCGACCUCCUCCCUUUUGCGCUAGCUUCAGAGCAUCAUCACCACUCCACACCACCGCCCCAGCUCGCUUCCCUCCCCGCUACACGGUCGCUCACCAGUCACCACCCACCACUGCUUCCAUGCUCCUCGCCUCGUUUCCAGCUCGCGAAACUUAGCUCCAGAUCCUCUCCCCCCCCCCCCCCCCAUCCACCGCGCCGCAUUAACCUCAGAUCCACCCGGCGAGCUCAUUUCAGAUCCAUCCAUGCGCUUCCCGUUCCUUUUCGCCCUCCAGCUGGUCGCCUUGGCGGCGGCAGCGUCGGCGGCCGAGGUCGCGGUGACGCGCUCUUCGAGGAUGGUGCACCGUCUGUCAGACGAGGCCCGGCUGGAGGUGGGCCCGCGUGUGGGGUGGUGGCCGCAGCGAGGAAGCGGGGAGUACUACCGCGCGCUAGUGAGGAGCGAUAUCCAGCGGCAGAAGCGGCGGCUCGCGGUCCUCUCGCUCUCAAAGGGCGGCAGCACCUUCUCCCCGGGCAACGACUUAGGCUGGCUAUAUUACGCUUGGGUGGAUGUUGGGACGCCUGCUACCUCCUUUUUGGUUGCAUUGGAUACUGGUAGUGACCUUUUCUGGGUUCCCUGUGACUGUAUCCAGUGUGCUCCCUUGUCUGGCUACCGUGGAAAUCUGGAUAGAGAUCUUAGAAUAUACAGGCCUGCUGAAUCGACAACAAGUCGGCAUCUUCCUUGCAGCCAUGAGCUAUGCCAAUCGGUUCCAGGCUGCACAAACCCAAAGCAGCCUUGCCCAUACAACAUUGACUACUUUUCAGAAAAUACUACCAGCUCUGGUUUGCUAAUUGAGGAUACACUACACUUGAACUACAGGGAGGACCAUGUACCCGUGAAUGCUUCAGUUAUUAUUGGCUGUGGUCAAAAGCAAAGUGGUGAUUAUCUGGAUGGUAUUGCACCGGAUGGACUCCUUGGCCUUGGAAUGGCAGAUAUUUCAGUUCCUAGUUUCCUUGCUAGAGCUGGACUAGUUCAGAAUUCCUUCUCGAUGUGCUUUAAGGAAGAUAGUUCUGGGAGAAUUUUCUUUGGAGACCAAGGAGUGCCCUCUCAACAGUCUACACCGUUUGUUCCUCUGUAUGGCAAACUUCAAACUUAUGCUGUUAAUGUCGACAAAUCUUGUAUUGGACAUAAAUGUCUUGAGGGUACUAGCUUCAAGGCUUUAGUCGAUAGUGGAACAUCAUUUACUUCUCUUCCUUUCGACGUUUACAAGGCUUUCACAAUGGAGUUUGACAAACAAAUGAAUGCUACAAGGGUGCCUUAUGAAGACACUACCUGGAAAUAUUGCUACAGUGCUAGUCCUCUUGAGAUGCCUGAUGUGCCAACCAUAACCCUGACAUUUGCUGCGGACAAGAGCUUGCAAGCUGUUAAUCCUAUCUUGCCAUUUAAUGACAAACAGGGGGCACUUGCCGGGUUCUGCUUAGCUGUGCUGCCAUCAACAGAACCCAUUGGAAUUAUUGCCCGUAAGUCUCCAAAUGUAACUACGCGGUUUGUUCUUUUGGUAUUUAGUGUUCAUACAUACUGUAAAUUUCCAAAUGCAGAGAAUUUCCUGGUUGGAUACCAUGUUGUUUUCGACAGAGAAAGCAUGAAGCUGGGCUGGUACCGCUCCGAAUGUCGCUACGUUGAGGACAGCACGACAGUGCCGUUGGGCCCAUCGCAGCACGACAGUCCAGAGGACCCGUUGCCGUCGAACGAGCAGCAGACUUCCCCGGCCGUGACGCCUGCGACGGCAGGCACGGCUCCGCUCUCCUGUGCGACGACGAAUCUGCAGAUGCUCCUUGCUAGCUCUUACCCAUUGCUGUUGCUGACGAUGUCGAGUGUGUUCUUCGUCUCGUGAACAACCGAUAUACUACUAAUCGAUAGCCUUGUAUAUUGUAUGUGCUUUAUUUAUGGUGUUUUUUUCUUUAUGUGUUGCUCUAGAGGUUUAUAGAUCAGCUGUAUUUUGCCUCCGUUGUUGGUCCCUGGGAUAGCCUAGCAAUAGCAAUCCCCCGACUCGAAAUGCAGAAGUUUCAGAAAUGGUGCGGAAA